GUCUGUCGUCGCUGUCCUGCUGUCCUGCUGUCCAAAAAGCCUACGCGACCGAUGUGACAACGACGAAGUCGCUCGAAAAUCAUGCUCGCAGCACGCGCAGAUCAAGAAAAUGCUGUACACGCUCGUCAGACUGCUGCGGCCGCCAAACCGCUGAAUCAGGGCGUGCAAGGCUUCUCCGCGAAGACACCUGGCAAUCGUGCGCCCAAAACACCUUUCAAGGUUGCCUUGAACGAUGAAAAUAGAGUCGAAGUUUUUGGGAAAAGCGCCUUGGGUACGAAUGGCAAAAAUUUAGGAGGCAAGCAACAGCUUGGCAAGGCGGAUAAGAACUUGUUCCAAACUCCAGCUCCUCGUGACAGACCAGCUCUCGGCUUCAAAACUACCAAUGCCAAGGCAAACGCUUUUCAAACUCCUGCACCAAAGAACUUCGGUCCGUCACCGGAGAAGACACAGCGACGAACAGUUGGUCGCUCUCGAAUCCAGAUCCACAAGGAAGUCAAAGAAGCGGGACAAGAGAUCGACUGGAGUAAUGAGGAGAUACAAUACAUACCUCCCCGGCCAAAUCCACUGCCAGAUAAAGCUUCCGACGACGAGUGGGACAAGGUUGAUUUCUCCAUUCUCAAGACUGGAAACUUCGAAACUGCAAGAUGGAUCGAGUUCUAUGCUCAAAAGGGGGCCCAGGAGGAGGCGAAAGAGGAGCAAUUGCGUGAAAGAGAAAGGCUGCAAAUGAACAAGAACGACGAGGAAUUCUACAGAAAGACCUUGGAAGAUCUGAGAGAGCCGGAUUCAGACGAAGAUUUACCGCAAACGAAGUCUUUCGCUUUGAAACAAGAUUCCCGCUCGCUGAACACAAUUACGUCUCGAGCAGCCGCAUCAGCCCUUUCCCAGCCAACCAGGACCGCUCCUUCUUACGCUGCACCGACUGCUGCAACCAAGGCUAAAGCAUCCCUUGGGACUGUAAAUCACCACCAGAAAACUACUCCCGCUACCUUGAGAAGCCAUGCCCGUGCGUCGAGCUAUAGCACUCUUGGAUAUGCUAAAGGCCGCUCCAUUAGCGACUCCCUCAAGCAAGAGCGACUCAAACCCGAUCCUCGACGUGGGGGUGAGCCUCUAAAGCCUAAGAGGAAAGACCCUCUCAGGGAACUUGAGGAAUUGAUUCGUGCGCGCGAAUAUGAAGAGGCUGGCAUCAAUACGGAUGAUGUGGACGAUGCUGAGUUAGGUGGUGUUUCUUUGCUCAACAUAGAUGAUGACGAAGAAGAUUUCCAGAUGAAGAUGCCGGACGUGCAAAUGUAAAGAAUAGCUGGGAAACAUCCAUGUCCCAAUUUUUCUUCGUUUUUUUUUUCUACGAAGUAGAAUACCUUCAUUGCUUUAUCUGACGGCUAAAACAUUGAACUUGGGAUUGGUCGAGCCAGAAGUCAAAUCAUUAUAGCAAUCGAGCAGACGGCGUUACAGUGUAACUAUAGUAUAUCCACAAGAAACCAAUGCAAGUCCAUGUUGUCAAGGUAUUUGAACAUGCAACAUAAUUUAUACUAGAAUGGACAUGAGCAGCUAAAAAUGUCACACAUUUCUG